CUAUCAUUUUACACUUAUCUCUACCAAUCUCUCUCUAAUAAAAUAACUCUCUCUCUCUCCCCGUCUCCCGUCUUCGGCUACGUAGACAUGGACGUCGAACAUAACAACUCCGGCCACAUCGGUAGACCAACGGUGGAUAUUCUACCGAGAAAGCUUCUUUCCUCCGCCACGUCUCCUUCAAGUCCCUGUCUUGGCGACAAAGCUCAGAGAGAGUGUUGUCACGACUCCGACUCCGACGAUCCUUACGCCGGCGACCAUUUCCGGAUGUACGAAUUCAAGAUCCGACGGUGCACGCGUAGCCGUAGCCACGACUGGACCGACUGUCCUUUCGCUCAUCCCGGCGAAAAGGCUCGUCGCCGCGACCCUCGCCGGUAUCACUACACCGGCGAAGUCUGUUCCGAGUUUCGCAACGGCGGCGGCGAUUGUAGCCGCGGUGAGUUGUGCGGCUUCGCGCACGGCGUUUUCGAGUGUUGGCUCCACCCGAGUCGUUACCGUACGGAAGCGUGCAAAGACGGUAAGCACUGUAAGAGAAAAAUAUGUUUCUUCGCUCACUCUCCACGUCAGCUUAGAGUUCUCCCGCCGUCGGAAAAUUUCGUCUCCGGCGGAGGUGGAUCGUCGGCGUCGGUGUUGAGUAAUAAGAAUAACCGGUGCUGUAUGUUUUGUUCCCACUCUCCCACGAGCACUCUCCUGGAUUUUUCACGAUCACCGACGUCAUCUCCGCCGUUAUCUCCGGCUGAUAAAUCUGCCGUGUUUUCACGGCUGAGCCGCCGGCACUCCUCCGUGGCGCACAAGCAAGCUCUACACCAGCUGAUUACUUCUUUAGAUUCCAUUAGUUUCAAGGAAGCACUCGCGGCGGCGGCGGCUUCCUCAUCGUGUCCCGUCACCAUGCCGGUUACCACGGGGGCUACCAUGCUAAGCAACCACCACCACCGUCUUCCGCCGUGGCUUGAUGUCGGAGACAAAGAUCUCCAACUACAACAGAGUUCCCUUCAGUAUGCUUUAUCACCUUCUUCGGCUCCAAGUCACCUGAAUGGUCAGCUACCGCCGCCGAGCUUUUUCAGCGAUGAGUUCACACCACGCGGCGGCCGUUUAAGCGAUUUCACGGUGGCUGCAAGUGCGGCAGCGGAAGCUAGGGAUAAGAAUAGCUUUGAGGUGGGUCAUAGUGGCGAUAUUGAUCUUGGAUGGGUGAACGAUCUCUUGACAUGAGAAUGUGAUCAUAAUCAGAGACAUUUUUCCGACGGUGAGGAAAGCACGGCGGCGGAGUUCCGUCGUGAGCCAUUGUUAAUUGAAAAUUGUUAAUUUUUCGUGCUUUUUAUUUUUUUCUCUUUUUUUUGGUUUCUUUGUUAUUUUAAAAAAUAAGUCCAUAAGUUAUUGUGAUAAAAAAGACUUCUAUUCUGAUAUUGUAAUCUUGGAACUUGUAAUUUCUUCUAUAUUGGGAUCGAAUUCCUAUGUAAUGUUUACUUCAAAAUAUUCUCUUUACUAAAGAAAGAAGACCUGUUGUUUUUA